AUGGAAGACUCCCGUCGGCGUCAGCUUCAUAGCUGUGAUCCAUGUCGCAAGGGCAAAAGAGGCUGCGACGCACCUAAAGAUCGCCAAAAGAGCACAUUCAGUACUUGCUCAAACUGCACACGAUGGAAAAAGGAGUGCACAUUCAACUGGAUCUCCUCAAAGCGCGUGGACUCGAGAGGGAGUCGAAAACGAAUCAAAACCAACACCGCAAAAGCAUCUGUCGUAGGCUCUCAUGACGAAGCUCUUGAGGAGAUACUGCGCUCUGCACAAACGCAUCCCGCCGAUCUUGGAGAAUUGCCUGAAUUGCUUGGGUCCCCUGAAACCUCGGAUUACGCCUCGUCCUCAUCAUCGUCACACCCGGAAAAUCACUUUAUGGAGUCAUUCCAAACCCAAAAUUCAAGCGAUGACCAGUCGCAAUCAUUUCCAUGGGCGAUGAACAUCCCAUGCGAUUUGCAAAUUAAUAACUCAAUGCCGAAUGGAUCCCCAGACUCCGCGGAAUCAGACGCCCUUUUGGAUUUGGCACCAAGUUCUGUCGGCAGCACAUACAGCUUAUUGCCACAACAGGAAUAUACACCCACCUCUGAUCUUAUAUCAACGGUUUCAACGUGGAAACCGAGUCGACAGAAACAUCCGUCCGAGUCUGCGUCUGACCGAAGCUCAAACACGCCACCGCAAUGGAACUUUUGCAUCGCGUCCGAAAAUACAGCUAAGCAAAGCGCUCGGGCGACAAUGUCGCGCAACCUAGUCCGCAUUUACCACGACAGCAUGGAGAAUGCUUUGUCAUGUUGGUUGACAGAGCACAACUGUCCUUACAGUGACUCGAUCAGUCAAGUGGUUCCCGAUCGAGGCAUGAAAGAAUGGGGACCGAAUUGGUCGAACAGGAUGUGUAUUCGGGUCUGUCAGUUGGAUCGAGUAUCAUCCUCAAUACGCGGCAGAGCUUUAAGUGCGGAAGAAGAUACAAAGGCAGCUCGGGCGCUUCAUCUAGCGAUUAUGUCAUUUGCAUCUCAGUGGGCUCAACAUGCGCAGAAGGGCACCGGUGCGUCGGUCCCCUCGGCAAUCGACAAUGAUGAGAGGUCGAUCCGACAGAAAGUCUGGAACGAAGCACGGCACGCUUUGGAGCAUUCGAGCAGUAUUCCGUCUUUUCGCAUCGCCUUCGCGAACAUAAUUUUCUCUUUGACACAAAGUCCGCUGGACAAAGGACAGGAAACAAGCUUGGGGGAGCUUUUAGAGAAUGAUCGCGCUCCAAUAUUUUUGGAAUCUGCCAACCGUCAAAUUUUCACUUUCCGGCACAAGUUCACGAGACUGCAGCGGGAGGCUGCUCCUAAAAUGAGAGGGCUUGGGAGGGGCCCGAUAGACCAGACAACGGCGAAUGUGCUGGGAAUACCACAACCGUCGGAGCCUCCACUUGAUCCACUCCUGACUAGUCAUGAACACCGCACUACGCUAGAUCUGAUGUUUUGGCUAGGUGUUAUGUUUGAUACCCUGAGUGCUGCAAUGUAUCAGCGCCCUUUAGUAGUGUCGGAUGAGGAUAGUCAAAUUUCAACAACUUCGCCAAUAGGAGAGCCCAGAGAUCCGAUUAAUUUCGACCCCUGGAAUAUUCCAAGCAAUGCCCACGGGAAAGAAGACGUCUGGGGAGAUUUAUUUCUUCGGUCUUCAAUACAACGUCAGGGAUCGAGCCAAAUCCAGCCGAGGUGGCCAUGCUCCUACGAAGAAGCCGCAUCCAUACUUUCAGAGGCGACUCCUGUCAAAGUGCUCCUUUACCGUCGGGUGACACAACUUCAAACUAUGGUCUACCGAGGCGCAAGUCCCGAGCAUAUUGAAAAUAUUAUCCAGAAGACCCUCCUGGUCUGCCAACACUGGGAUUCCACAUACCAGAGUUUCAUGGUUGAUUGCGUCACCAACCAUGAACUGCUUCCGUCUCGCAUACAGUCGUGGUAUGUCAUCCUCGACGGCCACUGGCACCUCGCCACGAUGCUUUUGGCGGACGUACUAGAGAGCAUUGAUAAAUGCAGACUUGGCUCUGAUCUUGCACGUGAGGCUCGACAAACUACACACUUGGUUGCUACGCUUAGAAUGAAUAAUGCGUUGGCAGUUGGUGGACUUGCCCGGGCUUCGAUACAAGGGCAGGAAUCGUUCAUGAACCAUCAUUUCCACGAUUCUCUCAGUGAAGUUGCCUUCCUAGUCGAACCGUGGACGGCUGUGCUAGUUCAUUGUUUUGCCAAGGCGGGAUAUAUCUUGGUAGAGAACUUGGAUGUUCCCACAGAUCAGAAGAUGUAUACUGAGUGCUUCCGGCAGAAUUGUGAGUUUUUGAUCCGUGCGCUUCAAUACCUAGGAAGAAAGUCCGAUAUGGCUUUCUUGGUGGCUCGGAGUUUGUUGAGGUCUUUGGAAUCAAAGCUUGCCUAA